CUCAUAAUGACCCUACCAUAAAAGAACUGCUUGAACCUUUCUUGAAGAGAAUUAACCCUCUACUGCAAUUUGAUGGCGCAUUAUAAAAAAUUAUUCCAUGUAAUGUUUUGGGAACAUUUUAUCGAAAAAGGUUUUUCUUUUGAUUUAACUGAAUGCUUUACUUUUUCAGAAAUUCAGCCUAUUUUUGAGGACCUUAAACUUGUGCUGAUUGGAAGUCAAGGUGCUGGAAAAAAUGCUAUUGCUAAUGCCAUCCUUGGGAAGAAAGUCUUCACAUUCUGGACGUCUUUUAAGAGUGAAUACGUCAAAGAGACUCGUAAAGUAUCAGGAACACGCAUUCAUGAACAAUGCAAUGUCACAAAUCUACCAAACAAUGUAGAGAAAUAAUUAAGUAAAAAGGGAAAAACACUGAUAUAUCGCAUUUGAUACGGAUGUAGGUUUGUAUCAUGGUACAGGGCUGUGUUUGAUUGGGGUUGAAGCUAGCUCUGCAGGACGAUGGCCCUCCAGGACCAAGUUUCUCAGCCCUGCUGUAGAGUGUCCCGUUAUAUGUACUUCAUGGAAUGAGAUUUUACUGCAUGUUAAGCUUCAAGAAGCACAGAGGUGCAUCUUACACGUUUUGUACAUGACUUUGGGUGCUCCUGCACACACAGGAACCUUCCUGUUCUUCGCACUUAUAUGUAUUGUCAUUGGGAAAUCCUGGUUAGGUAUAGGAGCCAUAGACCCCUGAUUCCUUACCACUCACUGCGCAAGAAAAACUAAAUUACGAACAAGCAAAAUAAAAAAAAACGGAUCCUUAAUGGAUUGUUUAUCCAACAGUUUGAUGAGAAAAUGUGUGAAUACAUAAGAAACAACAACAGAAGCUAACAGUUAAACAGUGGAGGUCAAGCCUCGUCUCAUAGUUUAAUUUACGAGUGUGAAGUGUAUGUUCAUCAAAACAUCAAAUAUCUACUAUAUCAUUAAGAUAGUCAUAUCAGUGCAUUUUGAUCAUUUUAUCCGUAAGCUAUUUAGUUUGCAGACUCCUUAUCACUUCAGUAUGACGCUGGUUUUAUAUUUGAACAUUCAGACUACAGUGUUUAGUAGCUUAGCUAAUACACAUUUAAAAGUUAUACUUAUAAUUAAUUUUCAUUACCGACUAUAACGAGCAGUACAACCAAUUUUCUGAGGAAGUCGAUGUUUUUAAAAGGCUGAAACACACGGCCACUCAUACAAUUACGUGAUACUUUUGAACUCUUUUGAACCGAAAUAUUUAUUUUUUUAAUUUAUUUGACCUAUUUCAUAAACCAUUUGUGCCUCAAGCGUAAAGUAUUUAGCUUUUACUGUGUUGAUUACUGUGCGUAUUAUUAGUCAGUAAUGUUAUUUUUGUUUUCUUUGCACAAAAAAGGUAUUCUUGUAGCGUUGCAAAACUGAAGUCGAGUCACUAAUGUCACAUGGAUGUUUGUACUAUGUUUCUGGACCCAUGCAGUUGAAUAAAAUAUCUAUUUGUAUGAAAUAUUUCCAGUUCCUCUAUUUAUGUGUCGGUGCAGGAAGUGCUGAGACUAUAACAGACCGUGUGUUUGACAGCGUGUCAUUAUUUAAUCAAUAUGGAGCUCAGUCCGCUUCCUCUAAUACUCCUGCUGAUUUCAAAAAUCAACCCUGGACGCACUCAAGUUACAGACCAAACCAAAAUAACAGUAAAGCCCCAGAGUUCAGUGUUCACUGGAGACACAGUUACUCUGAGCUGCGGUGGACGGUUAACUGGACAGACGGUCAUCUGGUACAAAGACUUCACAGCAAUAGUUACCGGUGAUCAAACAAUGACACUGAGAGAUGUGGGAGUCUCUGACGGAGGAAAAUAUGCAUGUGCUGUAAGAGAACUGACAACCGUCAGUCAAGUACUCACGCUGACCGUGAGACAGAGGCCCAAGCCUGUAGCGCGCGUUCAUCCCGACGGACGGGCGCUCGGGGGACAGACGGUCACUCUCACAUGUGAUCUACGGCAGAUGGACGUCAGCAGCUGGACGUACAGCUGGAACAAAGACGAUUCGCGGUUCACCGGUGAUUCACCGGAAUACCGAAUCGGUUCUGUUGAUGAAUCUCACGCGGGUCGCUACAGCUGUGCUGGACACGAGAUCGGAGGAUCCCGACACUCACACACCAGUGAUGAAGUUACACUGAGCGUAUCGGGUGAGAAAGCUCCAUUGUCGGUUCUCUCAGUUCUCAAACUGAUCAGUUUUCUGCUGGCAGCUUCUCCAUAUCUCCUAGUGACCGUCAUACUGGGAGUCAAAUACUACAGAGCUCAUGUUUAGGCUGAUGAGAUCGAUCAUUAUGCCGUUAUAGAGAAGUAAACCUGCAAAUUUCUGUUGAGAUGUGGCACUGAUGAUGCUUACUCAAUGUCCUCAUAUGGCCUUAACACCGAUGACUUAACUUCAUUGUUCUUUUUUUAUCCGUCAAAGUAUUUUGGAUGCAGUGGCCCCUUUUAGGACUAGAUUUCGACUGAUGUUGAAUGCUACUACUCGAGCUGUUAGGCUUAAAUACUGAAUGCAACAAAGAGAUAAGUUGCAGAUUUAUUUUGAUAUUUUAAAAGAACAAUUUGUGAGUGUAUAUAUCUAAACUGUUAGAUCUAAGAAAUCAAGUAUCUCUCUAAUGUUAUGUGUAAUUAGUCUCAUAAGCCAGCUGUGCUGUGACAUUUCUAUACUUUUUUUAUUAAUAAGCUUGAAGCCGU